CCGCUUUUCUUUGACGUGCAUGCCAUAGAGACGAGCCUGUAGGGAUUUGAAUAUGAGUCGGGGGGAGUCCUCUCGCCUUACAUUCAGUGCCCGCGGUGCACGGAAGCAGGACCGGUGCACGGUGUAGUCCCGCGUGGCAUAACAUACAAACUUCGUCAGUACAGGAGGACGACCCAGUCGGCCACACACCAUAGCGAAGUGCGACCACUCUAUACACAGUGUGCAGUGACCGGUAGUUACUACGGAAGGGAUCCAAGUACUGGAGGCAACACGCUACACUCAAGUCAUGAUGAAUAUGGAGCAAACAUUUGGGGAGGUGAACCAGCUCGGCGGAGUGUUUGUGAACGGCAGACCGCUACCCAACGCCAUCCGCCUGCGGAUCGUCGAACUGGCCCAACUCGGGAUCAGGCCGUGCGACAUCAGCCGCCAGCUCAGGGUCUCCCACGGCUGCGUCUCCAAGAUCCUGGCCCGAUACAACGAGACGGGAUCCAUCUUACCUGGCGCCAUCGGCGGCAGUAAACCUCGCGUCACCACACCUGAAGUGGUGAAGGCCAUCAAGAAGUACAAAACCUUGGACCCUGGCAUCUUCGCUUGGGAGAUCCGGGACAGGUUACUGGCCGAGGGCGUGUGUGACAAGUACAACGUGCCCUCGGUCUCGUCCAUCUCGCGGAUCCUGCGCAACAAGAUCGGCAACACCACGCAGCUGCCCGACUCGCCCUACGGUCACCCCGUCAAACCCGAGCAGCACAGGCCACUCUACAACCCCAUCUACACCUACCCGGUGGGUCCGCCCGCCCCGGCUCCCGGGGCCCCCGGGGUGCCCAACCAGAGCCAGCUCCCCAUGCACAUGCGGCACUGGCCAUCCCCACACACUGUCAGUGACAUUCUGGGCUUCCCAAGACCAGGCGUGCCCAUCAACGCUAACGAACAAGCAGGUCCAGUUUCAGGUGCAAUCUCCAAUGAAAGUGCAAGGUAUCAGACGCAGAUGGGGGAGGGCUACGGCCUGAAUCACAUGAACCAAAUGCAGGGACAGACAGACAAGGCCAAGUACCCAGAUGUCUCUCAGAGCUCACUACCAGCAGUCAGUAGUUUCGUCUCCACACCCUACCCGGGCCCCCCUCCCCCUCAGACGAUGGCGUACAUGCCGUACCAUCAAUCCCCCACUACCGUGGGACCCACCACCGGGUGGCAACAACCGAGGUUCCCCUCCCCCGGGGCUCCAGUCACCACUUCGGAGGGGGGCAUCAGCAUCCCGGCCCCGCUACCCUUCAAACCCGUCACCGCCGCACAAACUGGAUUAGUCACAGACAGAUCAAGUUAGUGCCACGCUGACCGUCCGAGGGAGGUAAACAUGAACUUCCUGUUUUCUUCCCAACAGAAGACACCAAGCCACACAACCCCACGUCUAAAGUCGGGCCUCCAACGUCCGAUAUCCCAUCCGCUUCUUCCUCCUAAGAACAAAACAAGCAGCCGUAACGUCCUCAGGACUCGGGCGGCACCCGCGGGCCGUCAGGUCCAAACCUCACAAUGCAAUUGCUGCGCAGUUGCAGGUAUAACAAACAAUUCUUCCUCACCACUCGCCUAACAUGCAGUACUGGACCAUUUAUUGCACUUCCAAAGUCUCAAGCAAAGUGCUUAAGAAAGAUAGAUAGACUAUGUUGUAGAACAUUGUAAUCAAGUUGAAAUCAUGUAUUUUAUUCACCAAGGAUGAUUUAGUUUUAUGUUUCAUGCUUUUUUUGUUGUUUUAGUUCGGAUUGUGCAAGCAAACCUUCGUAUACUAUGUGUGUGUGUAUUCAAAGACGUACUUUAGAUUCUUUCUUCUACUACCUCAGGGUCGCACGUAGUUGAGUGUGAAUGGCCAGGCAUUGUACAGAUUAUAGAAGCCUUGCUGCCCACACAACUCCGUAGAUUAUACUUUCACGCGUUGUAUUUUAGAGAGAGCUUAUCUAAGCAGUGCUCAGAGCCACGCUUUCAUGCUCUCGUGUGGCAGAAAAGCACGUGCUAGCACCAUUUUGGUGCUAUCCAGUGUCCAUUCCGGAUUAAGAAAAUAAAUGUUUGUAUGUCCAAAUCCGGCUAAAGCCGCAUACCUGAACAUCCUUUGCCCAAAUCCUCUCCCUCUGGUAGCUGACAAUCUGCGUUCAAGUGGCCUUACUGUACUGUUAGCAGCAGUUGUCUUCACCCCUUAAAAGAAUUGGAUAUAACGGACCACUGCAUCAUCUCUGUCAACUAUCUUACAAACACUAUUUCUACUUUUUUACUUUCUUCAGCAUAGAAUUAAACAAUGCUGCUCUAGAUCUUACAUGAUGUAGUAACAGAACAACCCAUUGUGGAUAAGAUACAUAGCGGAAAGGUAUGGUCCUGGGUCGUAAAAACUUUAUUGUAUUAUUGUCCGCUCGAGUGCAGUUCUUCGUCAUGUACAUGUACUGUACGAUUAUGUCCAGGUCUUUCUCUAUGUGAUGCAAUAUUAUAUUAUAGGGUGUACAUAAUUGAAUUAUGUAGAUGUUAUUCUUCAAAGGUUUGUAGGAAGAAGGAAUGACAAGUCACAGAAUUGUGAAAUGAGAUUUUUUUGAGAUCCUUUUCUUUGUUAAUAUCGAUGCAUUUUUUGGUUCUUUUGUUUAUUCGCAAGCAGGAGUUAGCUUUUGUAAGUCGUUCUAUACGUAUUUAAAGUCAGAAUAAAAUGUAAUAUUUUGACAUACUA